UAUUAUAUUAUACUUCUAAGGUAUGAUAUAUUAUGUCAUUAAAUAUGUAUUUUCCUAAAUUAAAUAAUAUUUAAACAAAUCUUUCGUUUCUAGGCCUUGAAAUGUAAAGAUUAAAUUGUCUAAUCUACAUUAAAUAUUAUAUACUGCAAGAUUGGAACAAUUAAAUCUUAACCUAAAACAAUUCAUAGUUCUGAUAAACUGAUAAAUAUUUAAUUGUUGUUUGUAAGUACUACGUAUUAGUUAUUAAGAGAUCUUGAAACAGUACAAGUGAUUAAUAUUAAAAUAUUCUUCAAUAUGAAAUUGAUUCUCAUGAUAUUUGGAAUAACAUCAGUUUGUAACGGAGCCACUUUAAGAAGUCCCAAUGAAUAUUAUCGAGAUGGAGACAGAUAUUUUUAUUUUCCUGGAGAUGGAGAUAAUAUGCUUCAUUUAGUAGAUAUUAUGGAGCCGAUAGAUUAUAAUAUACUUUAUCAAAUUAGGAAGAAUCCUAUGACGCAUCGUUACUGGUUGUUUUCUAGGUAUAAUCCAACAACACCGCAAGUAAUCAGUCACGGCACAAAACAGUCAAUCCUGAACUCAAACUUUAAUAAAGAUAAGGACAUCGUUUUCCUAGUCCAUGGAUGGUUUGGCAGUGGAGUUAAUAAAAUGAAUAAAAUGCUAACUGACGCAUUCCUUCGUAAAAAAGACAUAAAUAUUAUCGUUGUGGAUUGGAGUGCUCUAGCAACAAGAAAUUAUAUGACGGCAAAAAGAGGAGUGGCUACUAUUGGUCAACAGCUGGGAGAGUUUAUUAACUGGCUUCAUGAGGAAUUUAACGUAUCAUAUAACAACAUUCAUUUAGUUGGAUUCAGUUUGGGUGCGCAUUUAGUCGGAAAUGCUGGGAAGGCCACUCAAGGUCGCGUUAAAAGAAUUACAGGUUUAGAUCCAGCCGGUCCCUUAUGGAAACAUGACAAGAAUCGUCUAAAUAAAACAGACAGCCAGUAUGUGGAAAUAAUACACACAAACACAGCACUGUAUGGGUUUUCCGAGCUUUGUGGGCACGCAGACUUCUUUCCCAAUGGAGGUGAUAUAAUGCCUGGAUGUUGGUUCAAUGUUUGCUCACACAGCAAAGGAUAUGAAUAUAUGGCAGCAACAAUUUUAUAUAAUCACCUAGUCGCCAGAGAAUGCUUUACAUUGAAAAAUGUGGAAGACGACAAAUGCUUUGGAGAUAUGUAUCCCAUGGGAAAUGGUGUUUUGACUAAGUCAAGAUCAGGCAUAUUUCGAGUAAAUACUGGCAACUAUUUUCCUUUUUAAACAUAUUGAUAUAAUAUAAUAAAUUUGUAAAUAAUACAAUAUUCCUUAAGUCUAGGAUAACAAUAAAAAAAACAUACCAAAUUCUCAUACUUUAUUUAUGUUUGUCAUGUUCAAAUCCGGUACCUAAAAAUAUUAAAGUUAUUAUUAAAUAACUUUACAGAAAUUAAAAGCAGACCUAUCAUGCUUCCGUUUUCAUGUAGCAUUGCUUCUUU